CAGUUGCCUGUCAGUAGCCCUGGUCAGGAUAGGGUUGUGUGUCCUCUUAGGGCUGUCCGGUAGCCCCUGGGUCCUUGCUGCUUUUUAUCUCCUUUUUGUCUCUAGUUAUGGGCCUGCAUUUCCAAAGGGAUUUUCCUAAGGCUCCGUCCUCCCUUGAAGUGCAGACCUCCGUUGCUUUUUGUGGUUGCUCCGGCUGCAUGUGGUCUUCACGUGCUGCUCUGGCUUACACUGGUUUGUACUAUCCUGUGGCUGGGUGGUGGAGGCAGCAGUCAGUAGGCAGCUGAAAAGAGCUGAAGAGUUGCUGGAAUUGCAUACUAGGUUCUUUGGAUUUGUUUUUUUUUUUCUUGAAAUGGUAGGGCUAGGAAACAGCUGCCGAGUGAUGAAGUAUUCACCACUCCUUGUGGCUGCACUUGUGGCAUGCAUCAUUGUUUUGGGCUUCAAUUACUGGAUUGCAAGUUCUCGCAGCGUGGAUCUGCAGGGUCGGAUCAUGGAUCUGGAAGGCAAAGUCCGCAGGGCGGCAGUGGAGAGGGGUGCUGUGGAGCUCAAAAAGAAUGAAUUCCAAGGGGAGCUAGAGAAGCAGCGACAGCAGAUCGACAAAAUCCAGUCCUUGCACAGCUUUCAAAUGGAAAAUGCCAACAGAAUACAUCAGGAAGAGAAGGCGAUGUUGUUGAGUAACAUCACAGUAAAUGAACGAUUGGUCCAGAGUCUACGAGAACACUUGAAAGAGUUACAGUCGGAAUAUGGAAGGCUACAGCUGGAUAUUUACUGGUUUCAAAAGAACCAGACUAACCUUCAGAGGAAGUUUUCAUAUGACCUGUCACAGUGCAUCAGCCAGAUGAAAGAGUUAAAAGAACAAUGUGAAGAAAGGAUAGAUGAGCUUACAAAAAAGGGAAGUGAUGUACCAGAAAUCAAAGGAAACAAAGACUUCUCAGAGGAGUCAAAAAAAAUUAGCCAGGUUAAUACUCAAAUGCCAGCUGUGAAGCAAACCGAGUCCAAGCAGGCUGACUUGGAACACCAGAAACCCAAUGAAUAUGCACCUAAAGCAGUAACUACAGUAAAAAAAACAGAUCCACUGCAGGGUAAAGAAAGAAUAAAUGGCCUAGCUGAAAUCAGAAAACAGGAGCCUAAGGCAGAAGAGGAGAAGCUUUCUAGUCAACUGAAAAACCCACAGGAUUCACUCAAGGCUGCUGCAGGUCAUAAGGAUAUGCUGCCCAAGUCAGAGAAGGAGAUGAAUCUGUCUGAAGAUGAAAAACAUGCAGCUGGGCAAGAUGUGUUACAGCUGGCAGCAGAGCAGGCUGCCAGUGAGGAAACCGAGAAGGAACAGCUGCGAAAUUAUGAUGCUAAGCAGGACAACUUGCCCCCUGGAAAGGCUGACAAACAGGAUCAUGAAGCACUGAACCAGGACAAGGAUGUUGAUUACAAUUUAGAUGAGAAUGAAGCUGAAUCAGAAACAGACAAGCAAGCAGCACUAGCAGGGAUUGAAAAUGUUCAAAACGAAGAUAUGAAGAACCACUUAUCUGAGCAUGGUGAAGAACGACAGGUUGUGGACAAAGAAGGUUCGUGAUGCAACUCAGUCACCUCUUCAGAUAAACACAGCAAUGAUGAGAGCAGAGAGAUUUGAGAAUAUUUUGAUUAUCUUCAAGGCUUCAAUAAGGGCCAAAAUAAAAUAGUAUUUUCUUGAAGUUUUAGUCCUGUUCUAGUGGUGAGAAAAAUAAUCUUAAAUCUCUGGAGGCUUGCUUUUAAAGCAGCUCGACCUCUGCAAUGACUCUUUCCUUCCUACUGAUUCUAAAAUUGAAACCAGCUAGCAGUAAGUGUGGUAAUUUUGAAGUCAGCUAACUUGUCCAGUCAUGUGUGGGUGGGUGGUAGAUGGGAAAGACGGCUCUGCUAAGGACAUAUCUCUCCCCUGAACAAUGCAGUAGAGAAAUCCAUAGCCUAGUUUUAAGAGGAGCUUACCUUGACAAAAUAUGGUAAGGAUAAAAAAUAGCCCAUGCUGUGGUCUACCCUUGUGCCCAUUGUGGCACUUCUUUACUGCAGUGUAGAUAGACUCAGAAAGCAUGACUGUAGUCCUUAGAUAUUAUGUAGUAUGAUAUAUUUUCCUGAGGCUCCUAAAUGACACUGCUAGCUUACACUAUCUGUAACCAGGCUGAAACACUGUCCUGGCUGUGUUCUUAGCUUAUAGAUU